AUGAGCACAGCAAACCAACAAGAAAAACCACCCAGAUUCAAUAGAAAAACUUUGUUUAACCGUGCGAUGAAGAAAAAAUGGGAAGAGGUCAAGACUGAGUACAAGAAAGAUCCCAUCAAUGCUGGUAAGGCCAAGCUAACUAAAUCAGAAGAGACAAUUUUGCACAUUGCUGUCUCAAGUUACAAUAAAGAUCAACCCAAUGCAAGCAAAAAACUAGUUAUGGAACUGGUGGAAUUCAUUCCAAAGGUGGAGAGAGUUAAAAUACUGAUGUCGAAGGAUGGCAAAGGGAACACACCUCUUCAUCUAGCCGCGGCACUUGGAAGUGUGGGUAUCUGUGAAUGCAUAGCGGGGGAGGGUAAAGAGCUCAGCAACAACGGGAAUGACAAAGGUGAAACUCCAUUGUUCUUGGGAGCUCAUCAUGGACAAACGGAAGCAUAUACCAAGCUUCAUGAGCUUUACAAUGAAGAUAAAGAUGAGAAGCCAGAUGAGUCGGUCUGCAGAAGGAAGGAUGGUGAUACCAUCCUGCACUCUGCCAUAUCCGGAGAAUACUUUGAGCUGGCAAACCGAAUAAUCAUUGACUAUCAAAAUUUAGUAAAUGCAGUAAAUGAAGAAGGCUAUUCUCCACUCUACUUCCUUGCCAGGAAACCCAAUCUAUUUGAGAGCAGCAGCAAUCUUCAACUAUUUGAUCAGUUUAUGUAUCGCUGUGCAAUUGUUCAUGAAACAUUCGAGAAAACUAGUCCGUCCAAGGGAGAUGAUACUUGCUACCCAGCAGCUAACUACAAAACAUGUGGGAACUUGUUGUCUUUGCCAGGGGCUGCUUUCAAGCUUGUUUUUGGUCUUGAGAAAGAUUGUGGAAAAAGAAGACAAGAAAGAAUGGAUCAUGAGACUUAUUUGGAUAACUAUGCGGAAUACCAAUAUCAGAAUCAACCAGAGAUGGCUACUACAGAAACAGUGGAAAAGAAACAUGAAACACUUACCGAAGGAAAGAAUGCCAAGGAGACACCAUUUCUACUAGCAGCAAAGAUGGGUAUUACGGAAAUGGUAAAUAAGAUUCUGGAGGAAUUUCCCGUGGCCAUUCAAGACGUAGACAGCAAUGAGAAGAAUGCCCUACUUCUGGCAGUUGAAAGCAGGCAAAUAGAAGUGUUUCAUUUGCUGUUGGAGAAGAAGCCACCCGAAUCUGUGCUUUAUCAAGUGGACAACGAGGGAAAUAGCGCUGUCCACCUUGCUGCAAAUUUCAGAAUCAACAACCGUGGCGGAUUCCAGGUGCUGCAUUGCAGAUGCAAUGGGAAAUCAAGUGGUAUAAGGUACACAUAUGAACCACUUUGUAAACUAAUUUCCUCUUCCAACACAAUUAAAAAACAGAAGAUAUAUGAACUUCAAGCACUCAUUGCGACGGUGGCAUUCGCGACGUCAUCAACAGUGCCAGGUGGUGUUAAUCCAGAAAGUGGCAAUCCUAUUUUUGAAGGUCAGCCUGCAUUUCUAGUGUUUUCUAUAGGUUCAGUAGUAGCCCUGUGUUUUUCUGUCACUGCCCUGGUGUUUUUCCUAGCAAUCCUUACCUCAAGAUGCAAACAAAAGGAUUUCAGAUCUGAUUUGCCACAAAAGCUUCUGUUUGGAUUAAGUUCCCUCUUCACCUCCAUAGCUGCAAUUCUGAUCUCGUUCUGUGCGGGACAUUUCUUCCUUCUAAGAGAUCAGCUUGAAAAUGCAGCAUAUCCAAUUUACACCGCCACAUGUUUGCCAAUAACAUUCUACGCUUUUGCACAGCUUCCCUUAUAUUUUGAUCUUGUAUGGUCCAUCAACAGAGAAGUGCCCGUUCGUCCACAAGGGUUUUUAACACUCGCCUCAGCACAACCUCUUUCCCUACCUUCUUGUUUCGAGAAGGAUGAAGUUGUUCCAAGAGGUCAGAUUGGACGAUUCUGUCACCUUAUUGUGAGAAAUCCUGAUCUGUUCUUUUGUGUUGUCCAUGUGAUGCUCAAUUCAAUUAGGCUAUAG